UGCAUGAGGCUGGUGUUUGCCCGAGAGUCACCCAGUGCCCGCACUGACGCCCAAGGCAGCGCCGGGAGCCAUGUCGGGUUCCUACGACGAGUCAGCAGCGGCUGCGGAGGAAACAACCGACAGCUUCUGGGAGGUGGGGAACUACAAGCGCACGGUGAAGCGGAUUGACGACGGGCACCGGCUCUGCAAUGACCUCAUGAACUGCGUGCACGAGCGGGCCAAGAUUGAGAAGUCCUACGCCCAGCAGCUCACUGACUGGUCCAAGCGGUGGAGGCAGCUCAUUGAGAAAGGUCCCCAGUACGGCAGCCUGGAGAAGGCAUGGGGUGCCAUCAUGACAGAGGCGGACAAGGUGAGCGAGCUGCACCAGGAGGUGAAGAACAGCCUGCUGAAUGACGACUUCGAGAAGGUCAAGAACUGGCAGAAGGAUGCCUACCACAAGCAGAUCAUGGGAGGCUUCAAGGAGGCCAAGGAGGCUGAGGAUGGAUUCCGGAAAGCCCAGAAGCCCUGGGCCAAGAAGCUCAAGGAGCUGGAGACAGCCAAGAAAGCCUACCACCUGGCAUGCAAGGAAGAGAAGCUGGCGAUGACCCGGGAAGCCAACAGCAAGGCAGAGCAGUCCAAUACCCCUGAGCAGCAGAAGAAGCUCCAGGACAAAGUGGAAAAGUGCAAGCAAGAUGUGCAAAAGACUCAGGAGAAGUACGAGAAGGUGCUGGACGAGCUGAACAAGUGCACCCCGCAGUACAUUGAGAGCAUGGAGCAGGUCUUUGAGCAGUGCCAGCAGUUUGAGGAGAAGAGGCUCAGCUUCCUCAAGGAAGUGCUCCUGGACAUCAAGAGGCACCUGAACCUGGCCGAGAGCAGCAGCUACGCCAACGUCUAUCGAGAGCUGGAGCAGACCAUCCGCCUCUCAGAUGCGCAGGAGGAUCUCCGGUGGUUCCGCAGCACCAGUGGCCCCGGGAUGCCCAUGAACUGGCCCCAGUUCGAGGAGUGGAACCCAGACUUGACGCACACGAUAACGCGGAAGGAGAAGCAGAAGAAGGGCGAGGGAGUGACCCUGACCAACGCCAGCAGCACGGGCGAGACGGGGGCACCGGCGGGCGAGCGUGGGAGUGUGAGCAGCCACGACCGUGGGCAGACCUACAGUGCCGAGUGGUCCGAUGACGAAGGCAGCAAUUCCUUCAACACCAGCGAGGCCAACGGCGGCACCAACCCCUUCGACGAGGAGUCGGCGGGGAAGGGCGUGCGGGUGCGGGCUCUGUAUGAUUACGAUGGGCAGGAGCAGGAUGAGCUCAGCUUCAAAGCAGGUGAUGAACUAACCAAACUUGGUGAAGAAGAUGAGCAAGGAUGGUGCAAAGGGCGCUUGGACAACGGGCAGCUAGGUCUCUACCCCGCCAACUACGUGGAGGCAAUCUAAGUCUUGUGGUGUGCUCCUCGUCGCCGUCAGCAGAUAAAUCCACCCUCCGUUGUCUCCAUCUCUCCACCAGCCAACCAGCCAUUUUGCCGUCUGGUCCUUCACUCCUCACAGUUAGAGAUUCAGACAUAUUUUCCGACCAAGCUUUUAUUUUUUUAAGAGUUGUCUCUGAAGAGUAUUUUGCAUAGUCGCUUUCUUCUUCUUCUAAGAUAACGUGAAGCGAAAGAUGACGUUGUCCGUUCGUCUACGUUAGUUGAUUUUUUUUCUGAGCGAAAAGCUGAUACCUCAAGAUCUUAAAGCCCAACCAGUGAGAGCUCCUGAUUGGUUGGUUUUUAAAGAUACUGAAAUCAUGAGCCGCCUUCUGAUUGGCUGGAACUGUUCCAAAAUGCAUGGCGCUGAAGCUCCUGGGACCAAUCAAAUUCACCCCCCAAAAAGCGAGAGGGAUUGGAGUCUGACUCCAUUUUUUUUUGGUGUUUCCGCAUUGUUCUCCCCGGUUCAUCCUCCCUCCCCGAAGGAAGGAGAUGAACGUCCCCUCCUGCCCCGCAGCC